CCACUAUUUAUUUGUUUUGUAGUGUUUCCUAUUAUAUUUUGCAUUGUAUUUCUGUAUGGUUAAUAUUACAAACAGUAAAAUUGCAACAUCAAUAUAGGCUAUUCAAAUAUUAAAAAUAACAAAAAUUGUUGAGUGAAAUUUAUUUUGGAACAUACCUGAAGUUGUUAUGAAAAGUUUCAGAUUUGGUCAAGUUCUCAAAAAAUGUCUUUGGGUUUAGUCAGCUAUGAUGAUAGCGAGGAAAGUGACAAUGAAGUUGACACAGAUGAUGUCCAAGAAAAGCAAAUUGCUACAAAGCCACCGAACAAUGAAACAUCAACAUCAGCGGUGAUCUCUAAAGUAAUAAGUGAUGAAGAGUUUAAUUUCAGUGAAUAUCAUCAUAAAAGCAAUCAGGAAUCAAAGCAUGCAGACGGUUUAGACAAAAAAACAAACCUAGCAAUACCUGAACCGAAAUUCAGCUUACUGAACACCGACAUAGACAUCAAGUAUCUCACUAGUGUAAAUAAACGAAAUGGUCCUGUAAAAAUAACAAUUCCAUCUUUAAAUGAAAUCGAGGAAGAGGAGGAACAACCUUCAAAAAAGAAACUUAAACCAUCUCAAAAGGGAUCUGGAUUAUUUGCUCUACUGCCAAACCCUAAAACCAAUCUUGUGCCUCAAUCAGUAGCCAGGCCGAGCAAUAACCAAAAAGCGGCAAAUAAGAAACCAACUCCUUCAGCUGUAAAAAAUACAAAGCCACUGACCAAACCUCAAGUUGUGAAUAAACAAUCUCUCAUUAAUUAUGAAGACUCAGGAGAUGAAGAUGAACCUUCAGGGAGCGUUGACUUCUUUUCUCUUGACAGCAGAGAAGAUGUUACUCCUGCACCAGUAGAUAUCGACAUACCUCUUCCUCAGGACAGCCAGCCUUUGUCAGACACCCCGCUUAAAGAUCAAAGUGAUAAGGCAUCGAGUUUAAAUCACGCAUUUCAAACUCAAAGUUGGGCUACACCAUCACAUUCUGAACAUUCUUCUUCAGACCGACUGUCAGCUGACCAGUACACUACAUCGGACUUUGUGACCUUCAACAAUAAAGACCUAGAACUGGAUGAAGAAGCUAUGCAGCAACUUUGUGGCCGUCGGGACAGGCUAAGAAUGCAGGCCCAGGAUGUGAGUGUUAUUGACGUAAGUGGAGAUGCUAUCAUGCCUGACAGUCGUGAAUGGCUCACCAAACAGCUGACAGAGGAGACCAAUCACCGCCCCAGUCAUAAGAGGAAAGAUGGGCCUACUACACAGCAGAAACGGAAACACCAGAUCACUUACCUUGCCUUCCAGGCAAAGGAAAAUGAACUAGAGUUGAAAAACCAAUGGGCCAACAACCGGAUGUCACGCAAACAAACACAAGCAAAAUACGGAUUCUAGCAAACUGUAAAUAUUUGUGAACUAAUUAUUAAAAUGUUAUAUAUCUGUAAGCAUUGUUAUAUAUUUUUUGUAAUGUACAAGUCCAGAUUUUAUGGUUUAAAUAUACAGUAUUUAUUCGGUGUA